CCAACGAGUACAAGUGAGCGGAUUACGUCCAGUGAUAAAAGUUUUUCGCGAAUAUCAUCUCGAGUUUUCGAUUGAAACCACCGGAAAACGGUUCCGUCGUGUAGUGGUGCGUUCACCGGACCGGAAUCGAAUGGAAUCCAAUGCGGAACGGCGCGGAAUGGCGGUGAAAAAUUGAAUUGAAAAUCUUGCCAAUCUGGCUUGUUUCCGUUCCAAUCCAAUCCCGCUCCCAUCAAGUCGAUAAGAGAAGCGGGGAAGAAAAGCUCGCGUGCGUGUAGGUGGUGAGAGGCGCGGACUCCCGCGCGAGUACCGCUAGUUUUUCAUCAGUGACAAUAUUAUUAUUUCAGGCGGUAAACAAAAACAAAAAGAGUACAAUUUUGAAAGAUGUCGGAGCGUUACACACAUCAGCUGUUGAAGGUGGUUGUGGCCCAGAUAUGUCAGACAAUCGGAUGGCACUCGAUCCAGUCGACUCCAAUGGAGUUGAUGAUCGAUAUUUUAGAUCAGUAUUUGCGGGACAUUACCCGGGUGACGCAUCGCUAUUCUGAGUUGUACAACCGGACCGAUCCGAACUUGGACGAUGUGGCGCUGGCUUACCGGGAAAUAGGGAUGAAUCUGACCGAGCUGCAGGAGUAUCUGCAGUAUGUGGAUCCGAUCGAGAGGCCGUUCGAGGUCCCGAAGUAUCCACUUCCCAAGGACAGUCAUUUGAACUUUAUGAAGCCGGGAAGUAAGGAGGUGCUGACGAGACCGGUGCACAUUCCGGAGCAUAUGCCACCGAUGUUGGUGGAUUCGGAGGAGGAGCAGGAAGAGGAAGAACGGCGCCGACAGAUGCAGAUGCAGAUGAUGGCGGAAGCGGAAGACGAUGUGGUGGAAGAUGUGAAGCCGGACAUUGGGGAAGUGAUCGAGAAGAUGGAAGAAGUGGGAGCGGAAGAGAUUGCAGUAAUGGAUGCUAGUCAGAGUGAAGAAGUGGUGACGUUCAAGCGACCAUCGGAUGGUCCAUUGGGGGACGGGAUGGUGGACGUGAAGAAGCCCAAGACGCUUUCGGACGAGAGACGACCGACCAGGGAAAUAAGUAGUGUAAUUAUGACCACGUCGGGUUUUAUAUCACCGGCCCGGGAGGGGAGGCUACCGGAUUCGAAACCGCCAGUUAUUCCGGAAGAGAAGCCGAAGCCUCCGCCACCGCCACCACCGGCGCCGGUGUCUAGUGUAUUGCCGGUGGCGAAAAUAGAUGACAAAUUUGGCAAGAAAGGUAAGAAGAAACCGGUCGAGAAGGAGAAAAAGGAUAAAAAAGAGAAGAAAGUGGACAAGAAGAAGGACAGUUCGGAAAAGGAAAAGGAGGCAAAAAGUAGACCAGCGACUCCGACGAUUGUGCCACCGGUGGAGGCCGCUUCUGCUGCACCGGCUUCGUCGAUAGCUGAGGACAUCAAGCCGCUUCCUGCGAUGUUGGAACUGCCUCCGAAGCCACCGACGCCGGGACCGGAUAUCAAACCACCGUUACCAGUUCCGAUUGAACCGGAGAAACCACCCCUUCCGGUUCCUGUUCCCGUAACAACACCAGUCGCUAAACCAAAAAAGGAGAAACCCCGCAGGAAGAAGCAACAGGAACCGAAGCUAAAGUCUCAACAGCCGCGGAUGUUGCCCAAUGCAGGAAUGGACGCGAACUCGAUAUUUCCGCCGCAGCAACCGAUCCCACAGGUUCCUCUUUCCUCGCCGCUUGUUAACCGGAUAACUCCGCCGAAACCUCCGAAGCCCAAACGUACCAAGCUCACCAAGAAGGAGAUUCAGCGGCAGUACAUGGAGCAGCUUCAACAGUUUCAAGGUCCUCUCAAUGCACAUAACAUCCUGGACAUGUUUUCUCCCCCGGGCAAGAAGCCUCUCCCGGGACUGUUUCAAUCGCCCCUUUUCCCUUCCCAGAAGCAGCUACCUGGACAGCAACCGAAAUUCCCGGAAAAUGCCGGUCAGUCCCAGUUGGACAUUUUACAGAAGCUUCACCCUAGUUUGGAAAUCACACCAUCUCCUGGUCCUACUGGAGGGCCUUCAAUUCACGGAUCCUCUCCGGAGAAGCAUAAACUGAACAUUUUCAAGAAGGUAGCGAAGAAGGAACCUCCCCCGGGGACAACCACCCAAGGACCGAUUAUCGUUAUCGACGACGACAAAAGCCCUCCCCAUCAACCGCAGUUCCCGACAACGCCGAUGGCCAAGAAACGGGCUCCCAAACCGUCAAACUCGGGCGGUUUCUCCUUUCAGGACACGCUGUCCUCGCCUGAUAUGGGCUUCAACAUGGGCAUGACGCCGAGUGACCAUUCCGGCAUGGGCCCAUCCGGAUCGUUCCGGGAGUUCUCCCCUCCGAAAACUCCCUCCAAUCUACCCAAAACCCCCGAUAUCAAAAUGCCAUCCAGCUCCAGUUCAUCGGCGUCCUGGAUGAGCGAUUCGGGAAAACUCUCCGCUGGACCGGGUCCCCUGUUUGGCGAUUUCCCCAACUUUGGCCUCCCCCCGGCCAAGGAAGAAAAGAAGAAGAAGCCAAGACAAAAGCAACCGAAGGAAACGGCCGCUUCGAAGAAGGCGAAAAACGCUCAACUCAUCGAAGAGCUCAACCUUCUUCAGCAAUUUCAGCAGCAGCAACAACAACAACAACAGCAACAGCAGCAAUUUCCCACCACUCCCGGGUCAUCCAUAGACAAGAAACCCAUGCAGGAUGUUAUGGCCACCUACAGCAAACUGCUUAAUCCUGGCAUGCCUCCAGGCUUUCUCGCGUCCCAAAUUCGCAAUCCCAUGUUUGGGAUGUUCCCACUGCCAUCCGGACCGGGUCUUAUUCCGGAUAAUCCCCUAUUCAACCCGUUCAAUCCUGCUCAGUCAUUUUUGCCACACGGACCGUUCGGAAUGCCCCCGAUGCCACCGCGCUUCGACAUCAGUAAUUUCCUACGCGGCCCUCGGCCACCCACCAAAGCACCCUCGCUUGAAAAUUUUGACAACCUAGAUCCGGAAACGAAACUGGCCCACACUCCACUGGAUCUUCAGAAGAGUACCUGCAACGUUGCUCCCUUAGUACCACCAACGCUGCAAAUUGAUCCCGUCAUUCCCUCGCCAUCAGUAUCAUCCGGUGGCACUGGAAAUCGCAAGAAGCAAAUUUCCCCAGCCGUCAAGGAAGCUCACGCACCACCCCCUCCGCAGGAACAAUCGCUAAACCUCUCGACCAAAUCGGUCAUCCACCCAAACCCGACCAUCCCGUCAUCGAUCGUCCCGCAACCUCCGGUAGUUCAUCAACCGAUAAAAGUGCCCCCGGAACCGAUCAAAACCCUUGAGCUCCAACAACCGGCUCUGCCGAUGGUCACCACCGCUACCACAAUCGUCGCAGGGCCCUCAAAUCUGCCGACCCUGGCAGCCGCAUCGCCAACCGUGCCGCCCAUCACCCCGGGGGAAACCAUCGUCAUUGGGUCCGAUUCGGACACCAACAGCCAGUCGACGGUGACGAUGGCAGCGAUGGGCAUUUCGCCGCCCCAGUCAUCCGGUGGGUCGUCCUCCAAGAAGGAAAAAUCCGAAAAACGCAAAAGCAAGGAGCACAAGAAAGACAAGAAACUGAAGGAGGGCGGCAAGAUCAAGAAAAAGAAGGACAAGAAGGAUAAGAACAAGAGCAAGGACCGCGACCGGGAACGACCAAAAUCGUCCGUCUCCAUGAAUCAGGACCUCUCCGAUGGCACUUUGGAACCACUGUGCACGACGGUGACCGCCCCCGCCGUCGAAGAACCCAUGCUGUUCGACCAGGUCCGCCGGAAAGAGAAGAAGGAAAAGAAGAAAGAGAAACUCAAGAAGGAGAAACGGAAAGUGAAGGAACGGGCCGCAGCUGCUGCCCUGGAUUCAUCUUUCCCGGACACCCAACGGAGCGCUUUUAAUCUAUCCGGCAUUGCGGAUCCAACGACCACGGCUGGUGCUUCCUUAUCGUCCUUUGGCCUUUCGGAGCGUCGCGAUAGCCCCGAUGGAACAACAACGUCCGUACCGAAGCUGAUGCUCAAGCUCAGUUCGACCAAUACUCCUUCGCCCCGAUCGGGGACCCCGGAUAAUCCGCCUUCGUCGUCGGAAACCGGUUCUGGUGGAAAACCGUCCGAAGUCAAGCGGGAAGCCUCUCCCGAACUGGCCCGAAUAUCAGCCCUAGUUACCAGACCUCCGAAGCUGAAAACCCCUGGCAGCAAAGGCAAAAGCAAAGAGGACGACUCCAGUAAGCCACCCAAGCUCUCCGCUGACCAUUCAAGCAAAGCUGCCGGGAAGCUUGACUUUGUCGCCUCGGAUCAACCAGCCAAGCCAAGACCACGUGGCAUACAGGCACUGCCGGAUUCAAUCGACUUGUUCUCAGUUACUCCUACUCCUUCGCACACAGCACAACCGAAGCCAUCCCCGCUGGUUCCACCCACGACAUCUUCCGCUGUCGCUACGGACCCACACUCGACUCCACAUUCCUCCAAGAAACCCCCGAAGGAACCGAAGUCGUCCAAAUCGCACAGCAGCUGUUCGGCUUCGGCCAGUCUCGGCGUGACGAUCCCGGCCCCGCUGAACACCCCAAUCAACGUGGAGGACGCAGACGGCAAUGUGGUUUGGAUAUGUCCCGCCUGCGGCCGGGUUGACGACGGAACGCCCAUGAUCGGCUGCGAUGGGUGCGACGCGUGGUACCAUUGGGUGUGCGUGGGCAUCCAGGUGCCGCCGGAUUCCAACGAGGACUGGUACUGCCGGGUGUGCAUCGGCCGGAAGCAGGAAUCGCACGGCGACGAGAAGCAGAAAAAGCGGAAGAAGAAGGACAAGAAGAAUCCUAAGGACUAAGGAUGAUUGUUUAUGUGUUCGAUUCUAUUAUUAUACGUAGCUGCGUAGGUUUGUUGUGAAGCAUACGCUUGACUCGUGUGCCGGUUGUGUAGUGUUUUCAUUUCAUAUAAAUACUAAUAUGUUAAUAUAAUUGAUUGCUGUAAUUGUGAAGCAUUAAUCAAAUGGAUGUAUAAUGAAAUGGUUCAGAAUGUAGCUGAAAUUGUAUCUUAACAGAUGUUUGGCGAU